AUGUCGAUAACGGUGCCUUCCACUGGAUUUAGUCCUGAACGAUCAGUAAAUAUUCCAGCUACUUGGAACGUGGUGCCAUCGUUAGAGACGGAUCAAAAAAUCACCGUGGACCACACUUCCAGCCCAAAAACGGAAGUGACCGGUAUCGAUAAAGGUCUGCAAAUUUCAGACACGAAGGUAUCGACGAAGACGAUCGAGCAAACGAGCCCGGCAGACGCGGCACGCGAGAAAAGAUUCGAUUUUGUCAUAGACAAUGGGAAAAACAUUAAUAUUGUCAUGAUCAUUGCUGAUCCUGGCCAGGAUCAGGAGGAAUUCUGGAAGAAUUUCAAGGCUUCUCAUCUCUUCUCUGUAGAAGGAAUGCUUCAAAGUUGUAACAACAAUCAAGUGGACAAGAUUCAAUCAAGAUUCUCAUUGGACGAUGCAUUGAUUUCUGCAAACAGAGACAAGAAACACGAUUGUGAGCACAUGUUGCGUUCAAACAUUGCAUCAUUAUUGCUUUGGACUCGAGACGUUAAAGGAAUGACCACAGGAACAUUGUCAAAUGGGAAUUUCACAAUUCCGUCCUUAUUUGGAUUCGAAGAAACUGUAGGGCUUUCGAAAGAAUUCGAUGAAAUUGAAGAGAAUAACAUGAAACCAGAGAUUCACAAGCUCAAACCAGAAAUUCGUGAUUGGCACGUGAUCGACGUAGCAAAACCAACCAAUCGUGUUUCUUCAUUUAUGUCUACGCAAAGCAAUCGAGAAGAUGACGAAGCUGCAUGGAAUGUGUUUGACAUGUUCUCGAAGAUAAGGAUGGUCCUGUUUCGCUCAUUGUUGGAAUCUCUUGGAAACGUUGGCGCCUCUGAGGAACCUAUCCCGUCUCGCAGAGCGCAUUUUCUUCGAUCCAAUUUGAUGGACAUGGUUGAAGAAUUGAAAUCGGUUGAAAACGAAAAAGGUUUCAUAUUGGUUGCCUCAGUGCCUGCCUCUGAAGUUAAUUCUGCAUUGGAAACUCUACAACGUGAAGCACAGGAUACUCUUGUUAUUAUAACUGGAGUCUGCACACAUGAUGGCAAGCCCGUGCCAUAUUUUGCCAGAGGUCCAUCCGCCAAAAUAAUUCGUGAAGCGACGAAAAUUUGGGAUAUUCCCAAUGCAAUCAGAAGUGUUAUCGCAAAUGGUUGUCAGGAUUGCAAAAAUCGUCGACACGAUGUUUCUCCGCCUCCAGUUGCUCAGUUGAAGAUCGUCCCGCAUAAUUUGGCCAAUUUUAAGAGAUCUUUGCGAGAUACUGUUAAAAAAUCGGAUGACGACAAAAAAUUGAUUGACGCUCCAGUUAAUAAGAAUGAAAUUAUUAAAACCGUUGCUGAUUUAAAUACGAAGGAAGAAACAAAGAACGAAGAUACAGAUUUAUUACCGAAAUUGGACGCAAAUUCAGCAAACUUCAAAAUGGCGGACAAAUUUACCACAAUUUUAGGUAUAAUACUCUCGAUGGUUGGCGCAUUUACACUCACCUCUUAAAGAAUAUGUCGAUUUAAUUAAUCGAUUGAUCUUCGACUUCUUUUUUUUUAUAGAAGCUACUUGAAAUUUUUUUGAGUAAAAAGUAUAAUAUUGAGUAAAGUAAUAUUGAGUAAAAAGUAUAAUAUUGAGUAAAGUAUAAUAAUAUUGAAGUUAUAAUUUUGAUUUCUUUGUGUGAAAAUAUAAAUGAUUGAUUUUGAAGAUAAAAGUGAUCAAAAAUGUGCGAAAUUGAUUACUGAAUCUGUUACUUCAGAAAUUUCUUACGAUUUUUCUUUGUAUCAUUUGAAACUAAUAUUUGAAAAUAAUAUUCCUUUUUUUUAAACACUUUUGUCGAAGAACUUUCGUUAAUGAUAAAUUUCACGCUUAACUCUUUUAUGAAUUUGAAGAGUAUAAAGAGUAUAAAGAGAUUGAUUUUUAAAAAUUCUAAAUAUAAACUUUUCCGUUUUUGUUAUACUUUAUUUUCUUCGAGGAAGUCAAUCUUUUCUUCAAAUUUCAAUGUAAAAUGAACGUAUAUAAGUACAUAAAAUAACGUGAAGAUAUAAAUAUAAUAUGAUGGAUUUAAAAAAUUCUAUUUUCUAUGUGAUUAUAUAGAUUUUUGUAAUGUAUCUGUCGAAAUUAUGAUUUCUGUAUAUAAAUAAAAAUAUACUCUGCAUGAUA